AUGCAUUAUGGUGUGUUGCUUGUUGGGCAGUUUGCAAUUGUUAAGCAGUGUCGUGAAAAGAGUUCAGGCCGGGAUUUUGCUGCCAAGUUCAUAAAGAAGCGUCAGAGUAUUGCUAGCCGGCGAGGUGUGCUCCGAGAAGAGAUUGAGCGAGAGGUCAACAUCCUACAGCAGAUACACCAUCCCAAUAUUGUCAUGUUACAUGACGUGUUUGAGAACAAGACAGAUGUGGUGUUGAUUUUGGAGCUGGUGUCUGGAGGAGAGCUUUUCGACUUUCUAGCAGAGAAAGAGUCUUUAAGUGAGGAGGAAGCCACACAGUUUAUUAAACAGAUUCUAGAGGGCGUGCACUAUUUGCACACAAGGAAUAUUGCUCAUUUUGACCUGAAGGUACAGAGUGUUGGUGUUAUAACAUAUAUUCUGUUGAGUGGGGCAUCUCCUUUCCUAGGAGAAACGAAGCAAGACACUCUGGGAAACAUCUCAGCCACGAACUAUGAGUUUGAUGAUGAAUUCUUUGGCCACACCAGUGAGCUUGCCAAGAAUUUUAUACGACAACUGCUGGAAAAGGGCAUCAAAAAGAGACUCACAAUUCAAGAUGCCUUGAAUCACCCCUGGAUUAAGUCUAACGAGCAUAAAGAAGAACGCAGUAAAGCACCAGAGAGGAAGAGAGAGCGUAGGCAGCUGAAGACAAAGCGUCUCAAAGAGUAUACCAUCAAGUCCCACUCCAGCAUGCCUCCUAACAACACCUACAUCAACUUUGAACGCUUCAUGUGA